AAAUAUCCCCGAGCAACAAUCACUGCAGAUAACGAUAUUGCGGAAGAGAUUAAAGGAAGAAUUCAGGCAGCAAUUGUAGAUGUAUGUACAGCCUCCACAAUACUAUUAAAUCUAAAACCCUAACACAAACAUCAAAGAUUAGAAUAUAUAAAACAGUGUUUAGACCGGUGUUCAUGUAUGGAUGUGAGACGUGGACCCUGACCAAAGAAACUGAAAGAAAAAUUAGAUGUUUUGAGAGGAAAAUCCUCAGAAGAAUCUUUGGGCCUUAUCAUGACAUAGUACAAGAAAUUAAAUCCCAACAUCUAAGAUGGGUUGGCCAUGUCCAUAGACUCCCUAAUAACUGCCUUGCCGAGUUAAUAUGGGAGGAAACCCCCACAGGAAGAAGGCCCUUAGGAUGUCCACGAAUGUCAUGGAGAGACAAUAUAUGAUCAGAUCUAAGAACAAUGGAGUUACCCACUUACCCAACUAUUAUGGACGACCCUUCAAGAUGGAAGAUGGAAGCAAGUUGUGCAGUCAGCCAAGACCCACCCUGGGUUAUAG